AUCCCACAGGACACAAGGUAAAGGUUGAGGAGUGGAAUUAUUCAACAACCAAGCCACUUCAAAGUGUACCAGUGAAAAAAAUUCAACACUCUCGUCUUUCCAUCUUCUCUUCACCUAAACCUCGAAAGAAAAAUAGAAAAACAAACAAGCAAACUUCUUCAUUAUACAGGACAUGAAAAAUCUAGAGAAGCGAGAGAAUUUGAUAAAAAAAAAGUCAACAAAUCAAUGACGGGUUUUCUUUAUUUUCAACAACAAAGAAAGGUUUGGUCUUUUUUGUUUUGAUCUGUCGUAGCAAUCAAAUUCAUAUAUGGGUUUUUCUUGAUUGGUGUUUUGAGUAGAUUUGGAGUGCUAGUAGUGUCAAUCUGCUGAAAUACUUUACUGGGUUCUGGAUAUUUCAGGGUUUUGGCUUUCUUAAGUUGCUUAAAGAUUGAAUCUUGGUGAUUUAUCGUGUUGUGAAAGAUUCUAUAUGUUCCAAAGCUUAAGACUUAAUAGAGAUAUUGAUUGCAGAUUUGCAGUAUUUAGUGUGUUUUAAUAUUUAAGUAAUUAAGAAAGAUGCAAUCUAGGAGGAAAGAAGAUUACGUGACACAGUCGCCAUCUUCAAAGAUACGUAAUCCACAUAGAACUGAUAUAGGGCAUGAGUCUCAUCCUGCUCCUCGCCAUAAUGCAGUGGAUCGGUCUCCACGCGUGCAGCAGCGAAGGAGUUUAAGCCCUCGUAGUAAGGUUGAGGUUUCUAGAAGGGUAGUUCAAGGGGAGGGAAGGAGCAGUUCAACUGAAAAAAGGGACUAUGGUUGGCAUUUGGGUGCAGGUAGGACUGAAAAAGUCCGGCCUGGUUCCCCACAAUAUGCGCAAGAGCAUAGAAAGCCUCAUUCCGACGACGGGGUUGUGCAUAGGAAGUACAGGCAAGUUGAGGAUAUGGAUUAUGAUGAUGGUAAAAGUAAUAGAUUGAAGCGAGGAUAUGAUCAUCAUGCUGCACCUUCUAGAGUGAAUAAAGAAAAGGAUUAUCGUGAAAGCAGGGCUGUGGGUAUUGAUGGGCAUGGCAUGUUGGGGCAGAAAUCAGUGCCCAUGGAAGAUGGUUUGGUAAGAGGGCCAUAUCGGGUGCCUCCAGAUUUGGUUCCCAACUCAUCUUAUGGAGAUACUGGGGCGCAUAUACAGUCAAUGUCCCGGGGUAUGGAUAUUGGCCACUUUGAGGAUGCGGAACUUCGAUUUCGAGAGCCUAUACCAUCAGAUAAGAUUCCAGUCAGGGAUUUUUAUGAAGAAGAGGAAAGACCCAUGUUUCAUUCUAGAAAUGUUCCAUACACCAGGAUGCCAGCUCCUCAUUCUAAGGAUUUGGAAAGCACUUCUCGUUUUGAAAAUUUUGCUGGUUCAUCUUCUGGAUUCUCAAGGAGUGAGUUCCCAAGUUCGUAUAGAGAAGGCAUGCCUCUAGCUGAAUCAGAUGAAUAUCCAAGGAGCAGCAUGAAACUCACAGAACCUAUGGAUUUUAACGCAUAUAGGGAAAGGCCAGUUAUGGACAUAAGAGACCGAGAGGCUGGUAAGAGAAUUAUUACGAGUUAUCCUCAGGGUGCCUAUAAUACUAAAAGGGUCUCACAUGAUCAUUACCUUUACUCCAGGUCACAAGGAACUGUGAAUGACGAUCAUGCAUAUCUAUCUGAUGACAUACACAGAAUGAUGUCCCCACCUUCUCCAUUGGACUAUGAGCAUGCUCGAAUAGAUUAUGAGCAUAGAGAAUUUUCAAGGCUGAGUAUGCACCCUGUUAGAGACAGGACUGAGCAUGCUGAGGGUUCCUAUAUAAACAUGAGAAGGAGCACUGUAUUUGAUCAUCCUACAAUACAAAAGCAAGCACCUAUGGAGAACCUUGAUGCAGGCAGAAUACAACAUGCAUCAAAAUACAAUGCAGAAUAUUUGGGCUCUGCAUAUACCCGAGUUGAGUUUGGACAGGGGGAGUUACAAGAUAAUAGGAAAUCUCAUUUGGGUGUCACACAGAAUCACCAAAUCCCACAUUCGAGGUCAAAUUAUGGGUUCGGACGAGAUGCAGGUCCACAGUUUCAAAAGGAAACAUUGGACAAUACUCCUAUGCCAUUAUAUGACCUGGAAAGGCUUGCUGCCAAGAGGCAAAGGACGAGGGUAGAGCUUGCCAUAUACAAGCCAUCAGAUAAAGCAUUCAAGCAGAAGUAUGUAAUGGAGGAAGAAAUAAAUAGGCAUGACAGAAAGUACGUUGUGGAGGAAGAUAUAAAUAGGCAUGAUACAAGAAAUAUUGUGUCAAACAAAUGGAAUGCACCUCAAGAAUUUGAAGAUGUUUAUGAAACAGGCGAGGAAUGGGUAAAUGAAAAUGCAGGUGAUUUACAUGUAUCCAGGACUCAGAGGUUUUAUCAGAGUGCAUAUAGAAAUGCUAAAAGGACAUAUGACAGGCAAGAUAUUCUUGGAGAUUCUGCAUCUGAAGACUGGUUGUCUUCUCAAGCUUCUUUGUCACCUGCACGAAGGCAUUCCAUUAGACAUUAUAAACCUGGUGCUAAAUAUAUGAACGGUCAUCCAAGAUCUGGUCCUUUAAGCUGGUAUAACUCGCACCAGACUGAUAGAAAAAGUGGUGUUCAUAGACAGCAUAGGAUUUGGAAAAGAAAUGAUGAUUUUGGCGAGGAUGCAAAUGUAAUUGAUGAUGACCAGUCAGAAGAAUGGGUGAAUCUUGGGGAGGCUGAACCACCUGAGGGCUCAGAGGAAUUCAAGCAACUGGUGGAUGAAGCCUUCUUGCUGUACUCUAAAAGAUUAAAUUUGAACUCUGCAGUUCAGAGAAGAUACAAGGAGCAAGGAAAAGCUGGUAGUUUGUUCUGCAUCGUUUGUGGCAAAAGCUCAUCAAAGGAGUUCAUGGCUGCCCAGAACCUGGUACAGCAUGCCUUUAUGUCUCACAAGAUUGGGCUGAGAGCCCAGCACUUGGGUCUUCACAAAGCAAUAUGUGUUUUGAUGGGGUGGAAUAGUUCCGUGCCUUGUGAUGCAAUAACAUGUGUUCCUGAGAUCUUGCCUGCUGAAGAAGCUGUUGCUCAGAAAGAGGAUUUGAUGCUCUGGCCUCCACUUGUUGUUAUCCACAACAUUUCUAUGUCGAACAACAACCCAGAACAUCAGAAGGUCGUACCUAUUGAAGGGGUGGAGGCUUUUCUGAGAGGUAAAGGUAUUGUUGGGGGUAAAAUCAAGGUAUGCCUAGGAAAACCUGCCGACCAAAGCAUUAUGUUGGUAAAGUUUUUGGGAACUUUUACUGGACUUGGAAAUGCAGAGAAGCUUCACAAAUAUUUUGCUGAGAAGAAACAUGGGAGAGAAGAAUUUGAGCAUAAAACAUCCAACAAUGGUAACAACAUCAGUAGUUCGAAAGAAGAAACUCAAGGAGGCGGCAAGUUGGAGGAGCAACUACUAUAUGGGUACCUGGGAAUUGCUGAGGACUUGGACGGGCUUGAUUUUAAUACCAAGAAGUGGAUUAAAAUAAAGAGCAAGAAGGAAAUUCAAGAGCUGGCAAAUGCCCCUGUUAAAACUGAUGACAAGUUGCUGAAUUACUAAUGACAAAUAUUAACUUAAACAUGGUGAAGCAAUUUCCUUCAGGAGGAAUAUUCUGCGAAAAAAGUUUCUCCAUCUUUAGUUCCAGUCUAUUGGUAGUCUAUUAUACAUAGCUUAAGGUAGUGCAAUCCUACCUUAAGCUAUGUAUACGUAUCAAGAUUUGGAAUUAUCUUUGUUAUGAAGACAGAAAUUUCUGUGCAGAAGUUAUCCUCCUGUAUGUGUAGUCUAUUGGUAGAACAAUACUACUUUAAGCUAUGAAUACAGAUCAAGAUUCGGAAUGUCUUUGUAAUCUAACUCUUUUCCUAGUCAGAUAUUACCUACUUGCAUACUA